AUGCUGCAACGCGUCUUGCACCGGCUGCAAACGACGCGGGUGUCGCUCCCCACCACCGACUCCUCGCCUUCAUCGUCCCUCCUUGCGUCCAACAUCCGCACAGACGAGCGAAGGCGCACGAAUGCACCCUUGUCGACUCUCCUCAGCGCCAUCCUCCUGCCCGGCGCACUCCUCGCCUUGUCGCUCCUCACCCUCGUCUACCUCCUUCCCUCGGCACAAGACACUCUCGAACCGGGAAAGGGCAAGGGAGACUGGAAGCACAGGAACGGCAGCAACGUCGACGUUUUUGAGCGGUUCUGGAUUAGCACGAAGGAACCUGGGACGGGAAGGGAGGCCAAGGCUGCGUUCAUCGCCCUCGGCGCGACCAUGACCGACUUCCUCCUCACCAACUCGCCCUCCGCUUCUCCAAUCGACCUCGUCCUCGGCUACGAGAACACCACGUCGUACCUGACCGCCGAACAGAACGCCUACUUUGGCGCCGUGGUCGGCCGGUACGCGAACCGCAUUGCGAACGCGUCUUUCACCGACCCCUCAACCGGGCAAACGACUCACCUCCCCGCCAACGAACGCGGCAAGACCACCCUGCACGGCGGCACGAGCGGCUACUCCCGCGCCGGGUGGAAAGUGCGCGAGAGGACGGGUGACAAGGUGGUGUUUAGCUUGAGGGACGAGGGGGCGGAAGGCUUCCCCGGGACGGUGAUCACCACCGCCACCUACACCCUCCUCCACACUCCCAUCCGGCUGCGCACCCAGUUCUUCUCCCGCGUCCUCCCCUCCAACUCGUCCUCCUCCGCCUCUGCCCGAACACCAAUCAUGCUCUCGUCGCAUACGUAUUGGAACCUCGAUGGCUUCCAGCGGGAUUUGGGCGGGAAGGGGGGAAGUGGACGGGCGGAAGAACAUGAAGUUUGGGUAGAGGCGGAGAAGCGGGUCGAGGUGGAUGAUGAUCUAAUCCCGACAGGUCGCAUCGUCUCGAUCCCGCCAAACUCGGCAUGCGACUUCUACUCCUCCUCCACAUCUUUCUCACCGCCGGUCCAAGCGCCGACGCUCGGCGAGAAGCUGGAGAUGGACGAGAUGCGCGGGCUGUGCGGACCUGGAUGUACCGGUCUCGACACGGCUUUUGUGCUCAGCCGGUCGGAGAGGGACGUCGAGAAGGACGUCGUCAUGCGGAUGCAAAGUCGGGCGAGCGGCAUUCGCAUGGACAUCCGCACGAACCAGCCCCUCAUCCACCUCUUCUCCUCCUCGACCUUCUCGCCCACCUCCUCGAGCGGCUUCCCCCGCAAACCCUCACAUCUUCCCGCCGGCGAGCUCGCGGAGGAUGAGCGGUACUAUCCGCGGUAUGGGGCGCUCGCGAUCGAGCAGGAGGGAUGGAUUGAUGCGGUGCAUCACGCGGAGGAAUGGGGAGUGGAUCCGUUCUACUCGCCCGAACGGCCGUACUCGUGGUGGAGCGAGUACGAGUUCUCGCAGCUCGACUAG